UAUACGGGUUCUUCUUCCGGGCACGUUAUUGUUGCAUCAGCAUCCUGCCUUUGACUACUGUGACAAUGUCGGCUUCGGGAGAUCCGGCCUUUGAGUAUGGCUUCUUGCUACAGAUAAGUGAGGAGGCUGCACUGACAGUGGCUCUGAAUGACUACCUAACCUCACGCAGCUACCUGGCUGGGUUCAGCCCCACCCAGGUCGACCAGAAAGCCUUUAAGCUCCUCCACAGACCCCCAGAUCCACAACAUGUCCACGCUCUGCGCUGGUACAGACACAUAGCAGCCCUGCAACAGGACCUCAACCCAGAAAGCAGCAUCAAAGGAAAGCGUGUCCAGCCUCCUUGGUCUCCACCAGCAGGAACAGAUGUUCCUCAGCUGCGACUCUACAACAGCCUGACAAGAGCAAAGGAGCUGUUUGUUCCUCAGAAAGGGAAUAAAGUGACAUGGUACUGCUGUGGUCCUACAGUGUACGAUGCCUCCCACAUGGGACAUGCCAGAUCCUACAUAUCCUUUGAUAUUCUGCGAAGGAUACUGAGGGACUACUUCAAGUAUGAUGUGAUCUACUGCAUGAACAUUACAGACAUAGAUGACAAAAUCAUUAAAAGAGCCCGGCAGAAUUACCUUCUGGACCAGUACAAAGAAAAACAGCCACAAGCAGCUCAAAUACUGCAGGAUGUGCUCAGCGCCAGAACGCCGUUUCAGGCCCAGCUGGCUUCCACCACAGACCCGGACAAGAAGCAGAUGCUGGAGAGGCUGGACAGUGCAGUUACAGCCAGUCUGCAACCGCUGCAAGCAGCAAUGGAGAGCAAAGCCGCAGAUGAAGUCAUACGACCUCUGGCACACGUGUUGUUGGAGAAUUCCAAGGACUUGCUGGCAGACUGGUUGGACAAACAAUUCGGAAGUCACGUCACAGAGAAUUCCAUCUUCUCCCUUCUCCCUAAAUACUGGGAAGAAGACUAUCACAAAGAUAUGGAAGCACUCAAUGUUCUUCCCCCUGAUGUCCUCACUCGAGUCAGUGAAUACGUGCCUGAGAUCGUGGAGUUUGUGAGGAAAAUAGUUUCAAACGGUUAUGGGUACGAGUCAAACGGUUCAGUAUACUUUGACACCUUGAAGUUUGAUUCCAGUCCACAGCACUCGUACGCUAAACUGGUGCCGGAGGCGGUCGGCGAUCAGAAAGCUUUACAAGAGGGAGAAGGUACACUUACUCAGUUUGUCAAAAUAUUUGGUGCAGUUGAAGGAUCGGACCCAAUAGGUUUCCCCAUGGGUGGACAAAGUCAGAGUGUUGAUCUGGAGAGCACAGUGAUGCCAUACCUCACAGUGCUGUCAGAUUUUAGAGAGCGCGUCCGCAAAAUUGCUCGAGAGCAGAAAGUGACGGAGCUGCUGCAGCUCUGCGAUGUUGUCCGUGACGACAUGUUGCCAGAGCUCGGAGUACGUCUGGAAGAUCACGAAGGCCUGCCCACUGUGGUGAAGCUAGUGGACAAGGAGACAUUACUGAAGGAGAGAGAGGAGAAGAAGAGGAUGGAAGAAGAGAAGAAAAUGAAGAAGCUAGAGGCUGCUAAGAAGAAACAGGAGCAAGAGAUGGCGAAACUGGCCAAGAUGAAGAUCCCUGCAAGUGAAAUGUUUCGCAGUGAAACAGACAAAUACUCAAAGUUUGAUGAAACGGGUUUCCCCACUCAUGACGUUGAAGGGAAGGAGCUCAGCAAAGGUCAAGCCAAGAAGCUCCGCAAGCUCUACGAGACCCAAGAAAAGUUACACAACGAGUAUCUACAGAUGAACCAAAAUGGCAACUGAUCCUGCCGCUCAGCCAAUCCAUCCACACCGCAGGGAAGAACUAUAGAAUAAAUAACAAGGCCAGAGCUUCAUUCUGUCUCCUCUUCAUCCUAUGUUGGUUCAGGAAACAGACGUGUGUGUGGAUUGUGUUUUGUCCAUUUACGUAACAGUUACAUUUACAUUCCAUAACCAUGCAAUAUGAGAGAAAACCACCACCGGACACGACUUUGUUCUUGCUCUGUUGGAGUUUGGACGUCUUUCACGACAGUAAAAUCAAAGCAACGGGUAAUAAAGUGGGAUUUUGAUGAUAUGGCGGUGCAGCCUCUGUUAGCAGUGUAUGUUUUUCUUGAAACUCUGUGAUACUGCCAUUUCUUCAACUAUUAAAGCCUUUUUUUAACAGUUAGUGCUUUCAUGAAUUAAAGAUGCUAAAUGGGUGGCUAGCGGAUUAAUGGGAAACACCAGCAUUAAGUGUUUUUCUUUCCACCAUGAAUCUUUGGGACAGCUUCAUUAAGAUACCCCGGAGGAAGGAUUUAAAACAUUUAAAUUUCAGAGGCGACUUAAGAAACUAGGACUGUGGUGGAGGGCUGCACCAGCAAGCUUAUAAAGAGAUCAAAUGAGUUCAGCUUGUUGUUUCAUACACUUUAUCCUGCUGAUCAGCAGUGUGUGAUAUAUCACUCUGUGUGUUUGACCUUUUACCUCACGGGUCUGUUAAAGUAACUAUGUUGUGUCAUUCAAAUAUAGUUCAUUUUUAUGCAGAUGUGCAUUUGUGAAAGGGACUUUAGCUUUUGCUAAUAACUGGAUCACAUUUUCACCCCUAACAGGGGAAACAACCAUUGAAUUCAUUGUUUCAGUUGUAGAGGUGACUUGUAACAGAAACCAUGUCUUUCUCAAUACCUGUGUCACCUUAUACAAGAGUUACCUUGAAAAGCUAAUAAAGUAUGGUGGACAUUUUUAUUUUGAUUGGAUGUACCCUCAUUUAGGAGCACCUGGACCUGCUCUGUAGGCUCACACCACAUGGACGAUGGUAUCUGCUAGAUAUGUGCAGGAACAAAAGAUAUAGAGGAAAACUAGAUGCAUCCUGCCCUUAAGUUAGAAGCAAUUGCCUCAUGGUUGCAGAAAAUUAGUGGUACAUUAUACCCUGCUGUGCUUGGAGCACAUGGGAACACAAGUGAUGUGUUUUGGGUUUUUAUUUUUUAAUAACUAACUGAACAAAGAGAAUCUGUUGGUCCUUUCACUACCCUGAACCUCGGACCCCAUCGAUUCAGCAAUUCCUUAAAACAUCUGGGUUCGUUAUUUUGUGCCAUCUCAACAAAAGGACGUUUCCAUAGGCCAUUUUCAGCUGUGACAUAAUGAAACGCUGUGAGAUCAAGAAGUGGAAUUGAAAAUAGAAAAUGCCACCAAACUCUCGAGCAGCUGGUUUUUGUUUUUCUUUUAAAAGUCACACUGGGACAAUUUAACCCCUGCAACCUGUCGCGUGGGUUCUUGUGGCUUGAGUAACACCACAUGGCAAAGUGCAUUUUGUUAUUCAGCCGUCCUUCAGGGGUUUGCAUUUUUGUACUACGUGUUCUCCAUAUCUGUGGUUAUAAGAUGACUUGAAUUGAUUUAAGGGAUGCUCAAAUAAAGAGUAAGCGAGUGCAGC